GACAAUAUUGCCGACUGCUGGCAUGUACAGCGCUCGUACUGUAUCAAGAGUGCUCGCAACCAGCGCGUCUAGGGCGUUGACUCGGCAUGCGCUUCAGCGAAGAGGUCUGCAUGCCACCUGUUGGCAAAAUGCCAUUUCAAAGUUUGAGAUGCCAGCAAUGUCGCCAACUAUGACAGAGGGCGGCAUCGCGCAGUGGAAGGUCAAAGAGGGCGAUGCAUUCUCUGCUGGCGACGUGCUUCUGGAGAUUGAAACGGACAAGGCUACUAUUGAUGUAGAAGCACAAGACGACGGUGUACUCGGAAAAAUUCUGGCUCCCGACAGCUCGAAAAAUAUUCCUGUCGGCAAGGUCAUUGCUCUACUUGCAGAAGAGGGGGAUGAUAUAUCGAAUCUAGAAGCCCCAAAGGAAGAAGCGUCCAAAGCAUCACAAAAGCCGCAAGAAAAAUCUACACCAGAACCGUCGAAGACGACUGAAUCCGCUCUCCAAGCACCAACGGCCCAACCCCUCGGCCAUGACAUACACGUCCAACACGCAAAGCCUCUAUUCCCCUCAGUUCAAAGGUUACUCAUCGAGAAUGGCAUUGAAAACGCGGACAAGAUCAAGGGAACUGGUGUUCGUGGUAUGUUGACGAAAGGAGACGUCCUGGCUUUCUUAGGCAAGGCAUCCUCACCCCUUGGAACAUUCAAACCGCAGAAGGUGGACACUCCUGCUCCGAAGAAAGCUCAAGAAGAGAUAAAAGUUCUAGAUGGCCCAGCUAUUCGUCAGCUUAUUGUCACCAAUCUUUUGCAAUCAUCGCUACGCGCACGCUCUAUCCCUCCUCCGGCUGUUCCUUAUGACUUUGAGUCCAUUAUCAACGACUAUUCGCCGCGAGAGGCGACACCUUCGACAUCAAAAGCCUCCCCUUCGGAGAAGCCAACCCCGCGUGAUUCCUAUUUCGAUGGUCUACUAUAGAAUACCAUUAAGAUUCCUUUUAAUGAUUUGGACUUCUCCAUAUAAUAGAC